GGUGUGCUGCCCGCCCCCUUGCUGUCCCCGUGGCAGGCACAGCACCAGGGCUUGACCCGUACCAGCAUGCCCCAGCGCAGACAGAAUGGACUGAUAGAAACAGGCAGAGCUGCCUCACCUCCACAGCUCCAUCCGCUGAGACCCUUUUACUUCCACACUGGUCUCAAAUACUACAGCCUUUCAACCCCUGCCUCAACGAGCACCUCCACCCGGGAAGAAUAGUAAAAACUCCCCCCACCGAGGGCCACAGUGACCUCACAAGGAGUGGAUUGGAAGAAGGAACCCAUGUAGAUGCUGACCGACCUCUUCAAGGCCUUAUGGCAGAUGUGUCUGGCCCAGCAGAUCCCGACAAGCUGAGUCAUUUCCUCAGCACCCACCUGCACUGCCCGGCCUAUGGGGCUCCGCAGGGGGUAACUGCCAGAGACGUUCCACCAUCAGCAGCUCAGUCUGCAUCGCAGCGUGAGUGGAGAGCCCCCGCCGUGAUGUUGCAGAGCCCUGUCACUCCCAGAUCUGCUGAUUUGACUUGCCCUCGCAUGCUGCAGCCUCCUCGCCUUCACAAGCGUGUGUCUCUCCCUGCACUCAAGUCGGGGGGCACUGGUGGCUUUGCCUCUCUGAAGCCGGGGUCUUCCUUAGGGCCUCUGGCUAACCGGACCAAGCAGCUGCCCCCUCCGUCUAGAGGCCUUCCCUGCUUUAACGCCGGACCCCAGGUGCAGUCUCCAGGACCACGUCGCACUUCACUGCUUCAGCCUCGCAGAGCAUCAGACGCUUGCAGGGAUUCGCGGCGCACCAGCUCCAGCCUGGAGGAGCCUGAUCAAGAGACGCUCAAAGACCCUGGGCCAGCCAAGAUCCUGAUCCCUUUGAAUCGCUCAUGUCUCCCCAAGCCAAAGAUUCCCUGAGGAGCCUCAAUCCACCCAUCAAAACCUAAAACUGGAAUCACUCUGACAUUGAUAUUCAUCCCCUUCUCUCCCCUAGCCAUUUAACAGUGUGGUUGUUAUACCUUCUGAGUGUCAAAGGAACAUACACUGAGUUUAACACACUUAACCCAUAUGGACCAUUCAGGGACUGCCUGUGUCAGUGACAUUGGUAUGGUGACUGCUGUACAGUAUCGUUUCCAAAUUAGCUUCCACAACUCCAGCCUGACUGACUGAUUGAAGUAAAGUAUGUAGCAGGAUCUUCACAACAAUCCAAAGUAGUAUAUGACAGUUUUCAGAUUGAGGGGAAUUUAUGGAAGAAGAAAUAUCCAGUGUACUACAUUUGCACAUGCUCAUGAAUGCUGCUGAUGCUGAUGAAAAAAAGUAUUGCCAUUCAGAGAAGUCAGCCUUUUGUUUUCUUUUGUAAUACCCGCCAGCUAUUACCACAUCUUAAAGUCUAAGUUCACUUGUCCUCACGCGGCUGUGCCCUCUGACACACAGGUGCGUUUGGUUUUAAACAUUUAGGUGACAUGAACGCAACCUUUGCUGUGUAAUAGAAAGCCCGGAGGAAGACAGAGGAAAAAAACAAGAAGUGAGAAAGAAAGAAAGAAAGAAAAAAAGAAUGAAAUAACAGAAGUGAAAUAAGGGCUAGAGAGUGAAAAGUAAAUUUGUCAAAGCUCUCCGGAGCUGUCACUUCAGAAUGAAAAUGCUGCAUGUGCUUGUAUAAAUGUAUGUGUGUGUAAAGAGAUGAGGAACAGAGAAGAAGAUGACAAAGAGGAAAGCAGCUCCACACUGUAGGUGCAUACAUGUUUCUGGGUGAAACUUUGAACUGUGCAAAUAUUAGCAAAAAGGGGUCACACACCUUCUGUGUAAAUGCAACUCAGAUAGAAAUAUGGGCCUAUAAGAAAACAGUAUCAUGCUGGAGGUGACGAUAUAAUUAGGUGGAACAGUGCAAAUGCGAAGAAUUUGCUUUCACGGUGUUGUGGAAAAGAGCAGCAUAAUAAAGCUCUCAUACACUUAGGUGAGCUCAAGCACAACAUAGGCUCUCUAAUAUCCACGUGCAAACACACACAAAGCACUCGAACACUCUAAAGUGUCUGUUAUUUCAGGGUUACUUUGUGAAUUUUUUUGUCGGAAAAUAGUGAAGAAUAACAGGAAGUGUGAUGAGAGAGCCGACAGCAUGUAACAAAGCUAAUUUCAUAUCUUACUGGAUGUGAUAGUCCUUCAUGAGACAAUCACAACACAAAAAAAUCUGCCCGUAUUGUGAAGAAAUGUCACUUGUUGCAAAAGUGCUGAGAACUUAAAUUGGUUACAUCAAGUGCCUCAUUUUUAGACAUCAAGAUUUUAUGCAAGAAUAUUUAAAGAGUCAAAGUCAGGUGGGAAAAGUGACAUUUGAUUUCAGAAAAAAACAAUUAUGAAGUCAAUUAAAUAACUUGUUAAGAGGGACGUUUUGGCAAUGCACACUGACUUCCUUGAACUAUCUUCUUCAAUGACCCACACAUGGAAAUUGGAGAACAGGGAUUCAUUAGACGUGUGAAGCUGCUGUCUGGUUUGUCUGUGUGUGUAUGUGUGUGUGUUUGAGUGAGUGUCUUAGCUGUGGUCCCCCCCCCGUCUUUUCCUCUGCUCGCUCUCUUGCACAUCUCUUUGGGAACAUCAAAGGUAUUAGCAUGGUAUUUUCAGGUAGGGAGCCUGCAGGGCUUUAGAGGUGUUUCUCUGGGAAUUUUGGAGAAUUGUGUUUAUCUCUGCUUUGCGGAGCCCCUUUGCAGUCAGACGCUCCUGAAAUGUCCCCUAACAGAGAGCAGCAGUGUGUUAAAAAGGCCUUCUGACAGCAACUCUGCUCUCUUCUCUGUCACGCCGCGUGACCGCUUGGUGUACGCCUCUGGCACUGUCCGGUCUACUGCAUCCAAUAAUGCACCCUACAUAGACAGAGUGAGACAGAGUGAGACAGACACACAUAUACACGUAAUACGCAUACACAUCUGGACACACAAGUUACAUAGAUGCCUUCAUGUACAGGUACUCUGACAAAACUAGAAGAGACACAAACUCAGAGGAGCACACACAUCAGCUAACACUUCCCAGCAGCCGCAUGAGCACAGCAACAUACACACACGCACGCUUUGAAUUCUAUACACCGAAGUGCAUAGAAAUGUGUUAGUGUUUUGCUAGCUCUCACAAAAUGAGCUCUCCAAGUACACAUUGAUCCAUCUGUCCACUGUACCCCCGCCCCCAAAAAAAGAAGAAAAAAAGAUGGCUGUCUCUAGAUUACCCUGGAAAUAGGUAGAGGCUUGUGUGUUUCUGUUUCUGUGUGUGGAUCCACGUGGCUGAUAAAAACAUGUUUACCUGCUGGACGGCUCAACAUCGUGCCAAACCAUCCAAGCAGUCAACACAGCUUUGUGACGCCAAGAAAAACUCAUUUCUUUUAAUGAAAACGGAAACGGAGACAGAACGAUGCAUACAGAGGGUGAGGAAAGAUGCAUGGCGAGAGACAAAAAGAUGGAGCAUCAGGAAGAAGACAAGAUUAAGAGAUGUAGGGAUGGACUAGUGAAGGCGCCAUGAUCAUGAUAAGCUGUUUCAGCCAGUCUUUUCUGCUCAUGAAUGUUUGUCUAUAAAAUGUCGUGAAGGUGUGUAUAAGAGAGGAGAGGGAGACAGAAUACAUAGUGUAGUUUGUUUGUGUGCACUGUUGUUCAGAGAAAAGUCCGACCCCCUCAGCUGUGUCACUCACUGCUUAGUAAUGCCAAACAGGAAAUCAAUGUUGCCUGCUGUGUGUGUUUGUGUGUCUCCAGACACCUCUGGUUGCCAGUGUUUCAUUCUUGGAAGACUGUUUGUGUGUGUGCGAGAGAGAGAGAGAGAGAGAGAGAGAGUGAUGUGUCUGCCCACAGGCCAAAGGCAAACCCAUGCCAGGGAAAGCAGGGCAGUGCCAUCCCUCUAUCCCUGUGCUGUAUUCACUAUCUCCAAAUCAAUGUCCCUGCUCAGUUUAGCAGUCAAGCCAAUCAGUCUUGCUAGCUUUGCUAUAACAAUACCACAACUGGGCUUAAAAGUCUCUGCACCAACUUGGAUCAAUUCUACUAUGGGCUCUUGAUUCACUUCAUUUUGCAAAAAGACUUGCGCUGCAUUACACAACAGGAAAAAAAGUUACCAAAGCGGCCAUGUUGUUCUAUAUUAUUUCUCUGAAUGGCACAGGACUGCAUUUCAGCACUUAGUACACAUGAUUUAUCUAUGGUAUGAUGCACAUCAAUUAAGAUACAUUACUUGACUUGUAACCAGGAAAUCCACUGAUAUUUAGACAAUAUAGUAGAGUUACUGCAAAGGCAGAAGUAUACCUGGUGUUACAAACUUUUGGUUUUACUUUAAAGCUACUAUAUGCAAUAUUUUUACAUUAACAAUGGAUCAAAUGACUAUGCAUAUGUAAAAGGAGUCACUUGUGAAGACAAACUCAAAAGAUAAUUUUCACCUACACUCACAGUUCACCUAAGGUAAAACUAUGAGCUAAAAGGUACUUCCUUUAAGUUCAUUGUUUUGUAUCUGAUGAAUGAGUAAAUACUGUAAGCUACUGUUUGCUAAUAUGUUUGAAUAUCAACUUCAUAAGGUGAUUAAUGUGUCUGUCUUUACAGGUUGGUUCAAAACCAUCAUUAGGAACAGUUGUUGUUUUUUAGCCACCGCUACCUGCUUCUAAUGAUGGUUUUAAAGUAAAAUCCAAAGCGUGAAACUGCAGGUAUGCUUUUGUUUAUUUUUGGAGCAACUCUACUGCGAUACUUGACUUGUGGUUUAGUUUAUUUAUUGUCCAAGCAGUAACAGACACGGUAUAGUCUACUGAUGUACUUAAACAGCAGUUUCAAGUCCAACACUCAAGAUUUACAGUUGUCAUUUUCAUCAUAACUGAAUGUCCACUAGACGUUUAAAGUGUUAGCAGAUAAGGCACAUACCAAAGUGUAGCUGUUCAUGUUUUCUUCACAUAAUAUGCAAGGUCACUUUAUUUAUCACUCGUAAUCUUCAGUAUCAGCUGCUCUCAGCUGUUCAGCACUGUCUCCAGAAUACUGUGCAAUAUUGUUUGAAGCAAAAAGAUGAGGGAACGCUACACUAUAUUUUUAUGCAAAUGAAUAAGGCAAACAGAAUUCUAAUCUGAGGCACUUUAAAUGACAUUAGUUGUUAAUGCUGAAUAAAUGUUAGACUGGAUUUAGAAGCUAUUUAGACUUCAUUUGGUUUUACAGUACCUGCUUUGAUUUCUCUUACUCUUUCUUCUUUCUCAGUUUGUCUUUUUUUGCAGAGCUAAUAGUGCAAUAGUGUUCUAGGGAGCGAUGUGAAACAGCAAUAAGGGUUGAACCAAAAAUAUGACAUGGAUGUUAUGGCUAAUUUUCCUUUGGAGCUCUAUCAUCUUUCACUAUCUAUCUAUAAUAUGUUGUUUCCAUCUUCCAUGUUAGACCAGUAAACUCCACUACCUUAAAUGUUGAACUGUAGAUCAGAGUCAAAAUGUUAAACAUCAGAGGAUGGUGCUCUGCCAUCAAUGAGAGGCCGCAGGUGAAAAUGCUAGUCCUACAGUGAGAGGUACUACUUUGAUAGUCGUGCUGUUCAUUGAUCUGGAUCAUAGACCCUCAACAACACUUUAACACACAAACAUAAAGCUGCUGAUAUCAGUACAAGAUGAAAGAGAGACCUCAUUCUCGGUUUGUUUUCCUGGUUUUCACUGUCUGCUGGUUGUAUUUCUGUUGAAAUAAAGUAUGAUUGUGAAAUAAA